AUGCGGCGGUGUCGGGGCGCGGGGCUGGCGGCGCUGGCCGCGCUGCUGCUCGUGGCUUCAGGCAGAGCCCAGGUGCAGCAGGAGCCAUUCCUGGAGACCACCGAGGGCACCGGCAUCGCAAUCAACUGCUCACAUCCCAGCAAACGGAGUGGCGAUUACAUCCAUUUCUACCGUCAUCUCCCUGGCCAAAGCCCCGAAUUCCUCAUAUACACUACUGGAACCUCCAAGGAUGUUCCGGCCAUGGCAGGAAAGCUGUGGGUGUCGGAGGACGGGCGUUGGAGCGCGCUGUGGCUCGGGCGGCCCCGGCGCGGGGACGCGGCCGUGUAUUACUGCGCGCUGGGCCACGGGCAGAGGAGCCGGGGCUGCGGCCGGCUCCAGCUCCGAGUCCCCGCGCGCGCUCGGCCCCUCUGCUCAGCGCGGCUGCGGCAGCUCCGCUCCUGGCGGCAGCGAACAGCCCCGCCCGGCCACGGCUCCGUGCGCGCUGACACGGUCUGCCUGCGGCACCGACGGCAGCACGGCCCUUCCCAAACUAUCUCUUCCUCCUUCAGGAAGAACUCUGUGCCUUCUCUGGAACGAGGCAUCCUCCUGCCUGUCUACAAAGGCUCCGAUCGCUGCCCCGCUCCCACCGCUCUCCUCCCCCCGCACCCAGCCAGGAGCCGGCGAGAGCCCGAGCGGCACCGGCGCAGGGCUGAGCCCCGGGGCGGAGCUGGCGGCGGGGGAGGGCAGAGCGAAGGAGAGAAGCGGCGCUGGCGGAGCAGAGAGCCGGGGCUGAGGGGGCAGCGAGGCUCGGCCGGCGCCAUGCGGCGGUGCCGGGGCGCGGGGCUGGCGGCGCUGGGCGCGGUGCUGCUCGCUGUGGCUGCCGACACAGACCGAGUGCAGCAGAAGCCGUGGGCAGAGACCACCGAGGGCACCGGCCUGAACCUCACUUGCCUGCACCCCGAGAUUGCUGCCGACUCUACCCAGUGGUAUCGCAAAUUCCCAGACCAAGCACCGCAGCUGGUAGCAAUGGCUGUCCGAGGCACAAAACCCGUGCUGGAGCCAGAGGGGACUCUGUGGGUGUCGGCAGAUCGAUGUUGGAGCGCGCUGUGGCUCGGGCGGCCCCGGCGCGGGGACGCGGCCGUGUAUUACUGCGCGCUGGGCCACGGGCAGAGGAGCCGGGGCUGCGGCCGGCGGCGGCGCACGGCUCUGAUCUGGGGCGGAGCUGGGGGCGGCGGAGAGAAAAGAAGAGAACUGGAGUGGAGUAUUGGCAGAGGAGGCGGCAGGGCCGCAGCAGAGAGCCGGGGCUGA